UGUUUGGACACAGUGAUAAACAUAAACUGAUCUCUGAGGUAGUUCUUCAGUUCUUGCAUAAUACAGGACUGUAUAUAAGAAUUUAGUUCAAACUUUGACCUGUGGAUGGCAGUAAUACGCCCAGUAGCGUCUACACUGCCGGAAAGAUAUAAGAAGAAGAAGAAGAGGCGCGAAGAAGAAGGUUGAACUGCGCGCGCGCUGCAGAGAUGGCAGAGAGCGGAGUUUCAGUGGGAUCUGAAUCCCUCCAGCUGUAUGAAGCACAGUUCUUCGGCUUCACCCCAGAGACCUGCACUGUACGAGUUCACGAUGCAUUUCGAGAUUCCCUCAAUCACAUAUUGGUCGCUGUUGAAUCUGUGUUCGUGAAAAGAUUGUGUCCAGGCCAUGAUCCGCCAGCAGAGCUCCGACUGACAGCCCGAGAGAGCACCCAAAAACUGCGGCAGUUCUUACAGGAGCGCUUUGAAAUCAUGUUUCAGCGCAUGAAGGGGAUGCUGAUGGACCGCGUCCUGUCCAUCCCUCACAACGUCCUGCUGCCCGAUGACCAGCUGCACCAGAAGUACCCAGAAGGCAAAGAAGACCUCAUGAAGCUGCAGGAAUCCAUUGCCAAUCUGCUGCAGGCUUAUGAAGCCGAGGUGUGCGCCAAGCAAGCGCUUCUCGCUGAGCUUGAGGAGCAGAAAGAAACUCAGAAACAACUGGAUGAAGUGCUGAGAUGGAUCGAGGAACUGCGAAUUUCAUGGAGGCGAGAGGGAAUGGGAAAUGUCCAAGACAGCAUUCGACACAUGAUGGAGGCUGUCGGCCAAUUGCAGGAUGUUGUAGGAAAGAAUAAUAAUAAUUGA